AUGCUGACGGUGCCACUUAGCUUUGCAGCGGUGGUGAUAACCGACGUGUUUCAGGUUCGGCUUCUGGGAGUUUUAGGGAUUGUGUACUCUGCGGCUCAGUACGAGGACGAGCCAACAGAGCCAGAGAUUGAACAUGACUGCUCCUGUGAUGGUGGAGCUGGAGGGUGUGAGACUGAUCCGCUUGAGAUUGCAAUGAAGGAGCUUCGACAACGUAAGAUACCUUUCACAAUCAGGCGUUACUUACCCGAUGGCAGGUGA